AUGAAACGCAAGGCGCCAGGUGAUGGCGAUGCCAACGAUACGUCCUCUGUGGUGGACUUGUUUGGAUUGGCAGAGAAUCGGAGAGUUUUGCUCGUCGGAGAAGGAAACUUGUCUUUCGCUGCAUCGAUUUCCAAGCUCACCAACAAGUUCAUCCUGAUAGCGUCCACUUACGAGACAGAAGAGCAACAUUGCGAGCGCUUUCAGGGGAGUCAAGCACGAACAGAAGAGUUGCGCAAAGCAGGUGUUCAAGUGCUCUUUGGCGUAGAUGCCACCGAUUUGGCUAGUACCUUGCCCCAGGAAGUCCGAGAACGGCCUUUUGACCGAAUCAUUUUCCAGUUCCCUCAGCAUAAGGAGCGCAACAAGAUCCACCUGAACCGUGAGCUGCUGUGCACUUUUCUGCGAGAAGCCAAAGCGCUCCUUGCACCUGCAGGAGAGGUGGUGGUGUCCCUCGUGCAAGGACAAGGGGGCACCCCGGCGGAACCGGGUCCAGCCAGGCGUCCCAAAGACACCUGGCAAGCAGAAGAAAUGGGUCUUGAGGCGGGCCUGUUGUUGACACGCGUAGUACCAUGCCCACACUUGGAGUUGGAGCAGCUUGGCUAUGAGAGCACUGGCUUCCGUGGUCAAGGUCUCAGGGGCUCCACCAAGGAAGUUUACCAGGAGCGAAGCUUCAAUUCCAAUGGCAGCCUCACACACUGCUAUGCUGCUCCAGGGGAUGGAACAUCAGCUGCAUUCCCCACAGAGCGCAAGCACGACAUUAGCUUUUGGAUUUCGCCAGAUUUCACUGAAGAGCUGCUGCUCCAAUGCUUCAGUUCCGCUGCGGGCCGAUUGAACGGCUUGCAGCCGGAGUUGAAGCUGCUUGACGAGUACUGCAGCCCUUUGGAUGGACGGCACGCCAGAACAUACAGGCUUUCCGUCACCAGCAGCACCAAAUGCAUUACUCAGGAUGUGUGGAAGCACCUUUGCAGCGACCUGCGAGAACGCCUGAUGCAGGCAGGCAUCGUAGUGCCCAACAAAGAGGCUUAG